AUGGAUGAGCAAUCACAAGGAAUGCAAGGGCCUCCCGCUCCUCAUUUCCAGCCACAGAAGGCUUUACGACCGGAUAUGGGCUAUAAUACAUUAGCCAACUUCCGGAUAGAAAAGAAAAUUGGUCGUGGACAAUUUAGUGAAGUUUAUAGAGCAGCCUGUCUCUUGGAUGGAGUGCCAGUAGCUUUAAAAAAAGUGCAGAUAUUUGAUUUAAUGGAUGCGAAAGCACGUGCUGAUUGCAUCAAAGAAAUAGAUCUUCUUAAGCAACUGAACCAUCCAAAUGUAAUUAAAUAUUAUGCAUCAUUCAUAGAAGAUAACGAACUGAACAUAGUUUUGGAAUUAGCCGAUGCUGGUGACCUAUCCAGAAUGAUAAAGCAUUUUAAGAAACAAAAGAGGUUAAUUCCUGAAAGAACUGUUUGGAAGUACUUUGUCCAGCUCUGCAGUGCCUUGGAACAUAUGCAUUCUCGGCGAGUCAUGCACAGAGAUAUCAAGCCAGCUAACGUGUUCAUUACAGCUACGGGAGUGGUAAAACUUGGCGAUCUGGGGCUGGGCCGAUUUUUCAGCUCCAAAACCACAGCAGCACAUUCUUUAGUGGGUACACCUUAUUACAUGUCCCCAGAGAGAAUACAUGAAAAUGGAUACAACUUCAAAUCUGACAUCUGGUCUCUUGGCUGUCUUCUAUAUGAGAUGGCCGCACUACAGAGUCCCUUCUACGGUGACAAAAUGAAUUUAUACUCCCUGUGUAAGAAGAUAGAACAGUGUGACUACCCACCUCUUCCGUCCGAUCACUAUUCAGAAGAACUACGACAGCUAGUUAACAUAUGCAUCAACCCGGAUCCCGAGAAGCGACCAGAUAUCACCUAUGUUUACGAUGUGGCAAAGAGGAUGCAUGCAUGUACCACCAGCAGCUAG